CUUUGCAACAAUCCUGGGGUGCAAUCCUGGAGGGCGACCAGGAGAAAGUGGGGAGCAAAGCCAUGCGCCUCGUGGCCACGUCCAGGUUCAACACAUCCUGGUGGGCGCAGGCCAAUGCCUCGGGUUGCCCAGGCUGUGGGGCCAACGCCUCUGGCGAGCAGGACUCUGCGCCCCGGUCGGUGGACGCUUGGCUGGUGCCGCUCUUCUUUGCCGCCUUGAUGCUCCUCGGCCUGGCCGGGAACUCGCUUGUCAUCUUCGUUAUCUGCCGCCACAAGCAGAUGCGGACGGUGACCAACUUCUACAUCGCCAACCUGGCGGCCACCGACGUGACGUUCCUGCUGUGCUGCGUUCCCUUCACGGCCCUGCUCUACCCGCUGCCGGCCUGGGUGCUGGGCGACUUCAUGUGCAAGUUCGUCAACUACAUUCAACAGGUUUCUGUGCAGGCCACCUGCGCCACCCUCACGGCCAUGAGCGUGGACCGCUGGUACGUGACUGUGUUUCCUCUGCGCGCCCUGCACCGUCGCACACCCCGUCUGGCUCUGUCCGUGAGCCUCAGCAUCUGGGCGGGCUCCGCGGCAGUGUCGGCUCCAGUUCUUGCCCUGCACCGCCUCUCGCCGGGGCCACCCACCUACUGCAGCGAGGCCUUCCCCAGCCGAGCCCUGGAGCGCGCCUUCGCGCUCUACAACCUGCUGGCGCUCUACCUGUUGCCCUUGGUUGCUACCUGUGCCUGCUAUGGAGCCAUGCUGCGCCACCUGGGCCGCGCCACCCUGCGCCCCGCAGCGCCUGCCGACUGCGCCCUGCAGGGGCAGCUGCUGGCAGAGCGAGCGGGCGCUGUGCGGGCCAAGGUCUCCCGGCUGGUGGCUGCCGUGGUGCUGCUCUUCGCCGCCUGCUGGGGCCCCAUCCAGGUGUUUCUGGUGCUGCAGGCGCUGGGCCCGGCGGGCGCCUGGCACCCACGCAGCUACGCGGCCUACGCGCUGAAGACCUGGGCGCACUGCAUGUCCUACAGCAACUCGGCGCUGAACCCGCUGCUCUACGCCUUCCUGGGCUCGCACUUCCGCCAGGCCUUCCGCGGGGUCUGCCCCUGCGCCCCCCUGCGCCCCAGGCCCCUCGCCCCUGCCGCCCCCGGCCCUGAGCGGCACCGCCUGGCCGCCCGCCCUCUGGGGGGCCCCCACCCGGGAGCCGCGCCCCUGCCCCCCCUGAGCCCGCUGUGUUUCUGCAAACACGUCAAUGAGCUGAAUGCCAGCCACUGCCCCCUUGUGCUGGGCGUGAGGAGGUGUCUGCUGCCAGCUGCCGGCAUGCCCCACCAGCUCUCGGCCUGA